AUGAGGAUCCUCUGUGUGGCUGAGAAACCACUGAUAGCCCGAGAGGUGGCCUCGAUUCUAUCAGGAGGACGUUCCCAGAGACGAGACUCCCAGGUCAAAUAUAUCAAAAACUAUGACUUCACGUUCAACUUCACUCAGUGGGGUAACUGCGAAGUGACGAUGACCUCAGUGCUCGGCCACGUCGCCGAUGCUGACUUCCCUCUGCAGUAUGGAUGGGGCAGGUGUCGAAACAAUGAACUCUUUGACUGUGCCAUCGAGGUUAUUCAUCGUGACGAAACCCAGCGUAGAGUGGCGGCCAACAUCACUAAGGAAGCCCAACGAUGCGACUAUCUCUACAUCUGGACCGACUGUGAUCGAGAGGGGGAAGCCAUCGGCUAUGAAAUCUACACCGAAGCACGAAAACGGAACCGUAGGCUUGAUGUCGCUGGCCAAAACGUGUGGCGGGCCCACUUUUCCCACUUGGAUCGCAACCACAUCCUCAAGGCUGCCAACUCUCCCACGGCACUCGAUAUGAAGCAAGUGAAGGCGGUGGAACUGCGACAAGAGAUUGAUUUGCGUACGGGGGUUGCGUUUACUCGGGAAAUGACGACGUCAUUGAAAAGUUCCUCCAUUAUCGACAAAGGAUCUGUGGUCCUGUACGGGACGUGCCAGUUCCCUACUCUUGGAUUUGUCGUUGAUCGCUACCGUCGGGUCAGAGAAUUUGUGCCAGAGGAGUUUUGGCAUAUCACUGUAACCCUAAAAAUGGACGACCAACCAGCGAUUCCCUUCGCAUGGACUCGGGGACGGUUUUUUGAUCGGUUAUUUGUGUUUUUGAUCUACCAGCGAGGAUGGCAGCAGGCCAAGCUCAAAGCAAAAGUGAGCCUGAUAGAGCGUAAGCGGAUUAACAAAUAUCGGCCCAUGCCUCUCACUACCGUCGAUCUUCAGAAAGACUGUGCUCGCUACUUCAAAAUGCUGGCAAAGCGGGCGUUAGAUGCAGCAGAAAAGUUAUAUAACAAAGGGUUCUUGAGUUAUCCCAGAACUGAAACCAAUCUGUUUCCUAAAGGGUUUGACCAUGACAGUCUUGUUAGUCGUCAGACUCAAGAUGCAUCUUGGGGAAGCUACGCUCAGCGACUCAUUCGAGAUGGAAUACAGGAGGCUCGCUCUGGAUCCAAGGACGAUAACGCCCAUCCUCCUAUCCAUCCCGUCAAUUAUACCAAUAUCCACCGGGCUGGUACUGAGUGGACUGCCGAUGAAAGCAAAGUAUACGAAUACGUGGUGCGACGAUAUUUAGCUUGCGUUUCCCAAGAUGCCGUGGGUCUGCAACUGACGUGUAUCCUUGAGUGGGGCGAGACAAACGAAUUAUUCAGGGCCCUGGGUGUAAUUGUGGAGCAACUCAAUUUCCUCGAGGUAUACCCUUAUGUCAAGUGGACACUGUCAAGACAGAUGCCGCCGCUUACUGAAGGCCAAGAAGUUCAGCUACAUCUGGCCCGGAUGGGUAGUGGCAAAACUACCAAACCUCAGUACAUAACUGAGACGGAGCUUAUCGCAUUGAUGGACGCUAAUGGUAUUGGCACCGACGCCACUAUCGCUGAACAUAUCGAUAAAAUUAUUGCCCGGGAGUAUGUUACCAAAACCAAGUCAGGCUCUGUUGAAGUAUUGGUACCAACGCCCUUGGGGAUGGGACUUAUCGAUGGUUUGGAUAAAAUGCCCUUCCAAGUGUCUCUUUCCAAACCUUACUUGCGUCGUUAUCUAGAGCAGCUGCUACAGAGUAUAUGCAAUGGCGCUAGUAACAAGGACACGGUGAUAGAGGAGUUUAUCAACAUCUACCGGCUGGCAUUCCAAACAUUGGCCGCCCGUAUGCCAUUACUACAAUCAACUUGCCGAUCAAUCAUCCGCGAAUUUGGCUAA